UUUAUGCAAAUUUUGAGUCCACUAAUGCCUUCGGACUUUGUGGAACAUGUUGUUGUACUAAAACAUCUACCUACAUAGGUGUGCGCACUCGCAUUUUUAGUGGUAUUUUUGUUGCUAAUUUAUGCUCAUUUUAUUUUUAUGUUAAUAUGUAAUACCCAAAAUUUUCUAAUACUCGUCUCGUAAAACGAAAUCAAUUGAAAAUACAUGCGUGCGAUACAGCAAAUGUACAGCCAAAAAAUAAGCAAAUCACACCAUUCAAAAACACCACUAUCAAAAGUAUUUGGAUUUAAGAAUUAAUUUAAAAACAAAAUGCAAAUUGUUUGGAACGCUCAUUGAACGUAUGAACCGGGGUUGGACAAUUAUAUUAUUCCAGAAUUAACACAUAGUAGCGGAGUAGACUUCAACGUACGCGGUUGCGAGCAGUCGAAAGCAAAAAGGACGCGCGCACCCUGCAACAAGUUUCAAAAUUAGUUUAAAGGAUUUUCUGUUUCAGUUUAUUAGAACACCAAAAACGCUUACAAAAUGAUACACGUAUUCUAUGCAGAUACUGAAGUUUUCGUAACGGGCGGCUCAGGCGCCGUUGGCAAAGCGCUGAUUGAAAAGCUGCUACGCUCAUGUAAUGUGCGUAAAGUCUAUGUGCUGCUGCGUACAAAGAAAAAUUUCACCAUUGAACAGCGUAUGGAGAAAUUGAAGAAGGCAAAGGUGUUCAAAGUAUUAAACGCCACCAAGCCACACAUGCUGGAUCGGCUGGUGCCCAUUCCGGGCGAUGCAGCAUUGCCAAAUUUGGGCAUUUCACCAGAGCAUACCGCUCUAAUGGAAAAUGUUUCGAUUGUCUUUCACUGUGCCGCAACUGUACGCUUCGACGAACCAUUGCGGGUGGCCUUGAAGCUAAAUGUGGGUGGCACCUUGGAGGCAUUGCUGUUUGCUGAAAAGCUGAAGAAUUUAAAGAUUUUCAUGCACGUCUCCACUUUUUACAGUAAUCCGUAUUUGAAGCGAGUAGAGCCGAAGAUUUAUGAAUCACCACUUGAUUGGAAAAUGUGUUUGGAAAUGUUGAAGGAUAAUAGCGAACGAGAGUAUUUGGAUAUCCUGACAAGAAAAUUAAUUAUCGGCUUCCCGAACACCUACACAUUCACUAAAAACCUUGCUGAGAGCGUAGUCAAUGACUUUCGGAAUCGAAUACCAGUUGCUAUAUACAGACCGUCUAUAGUUCUUCAAGCUCUCACCGAUCCCAUACCCGGUUUUCCACCCACCAUGAUGGGUGCUAUAGGACUUUUUGUGCUGGUCGGUGCUGGUAUUUUAAAAACAGUCUUCAUGUCAUACACUUUGCGAUUCGAUAUCACCCCGCAAGAUGUUGGUAUUAAAACAAUGAUGUACUACGCCUACCGCGCUGCCAAUGAGUAUAGUGAGCGAAAAGCAAUUAAGGAUGCACCUGUUUAUAUGUCAUCGUCAUCGCAACACUCAUUUCACACCUUCUAUCAAAUGUGUCACGUAAUGGAGAACGGUCUGUGGUAUAAGGCGGCUUUCGAAAAGAACUUUAUGCUGCCCGGUUGCCACUACACAGACAAUCGUUUCGUAUAUAAAUUUAUUGUGUUUACUAAGCAGAUAUUGCCUGCCAUGUUGGCGGAUGGCCUAAUAAAGCUCUCCGGGCGUAAACCAAUACUUAUGGGCAUUGUACGUAAAGCCUACAUCUCACUGGAGGUAAUGAAACCCUUCCUCUUUAAUACCUACGAUAGUCCGGGUAUGUCUCAUGAAGAUGAUUUGAUUGCGGCUACAGAAGGCACCGAAUUCGAUCUGAUACAAGAUGUGUCACGUGCCAAAACCGAUGAAGGAUUGAUUGACAUUUGUACAACCAUGAUUUUCUCCAUGCGCGAAUAUUUACUAAAUGAAGAUCCAAAAACUAUUCCAAUUGCACAGAAGCGCUUACGCAUUAAACGCUUGGUCUACAACAUUCUACGUGCGAUUGUCGCUUAUUACAUACUGCGUUGGUUCUACGGCCUACUGGUUAGCUAUAUAUAUUGAAGGAAAUGCAUAAGUGCUGAUAUAGUAUAUGGAAGUGUCAUUUUAUAAGUGUAAUUUUUCUAAGAAAACCUACACUUCUUACAAACUUUAA